AUGAAUUUAUUAAAAUGUUCUGUCGAUUGUCGAUCUCUAGUGCGUUCGGUGCAAGAGAACUCUAAUCUCGAAUAUCCCGAGUAUAUAAGUUUUAUAUCGAGGCUGAAAACAUUCGAUUCACACCCAUCACAAUCGUAUCAAGAUAAAUAUUCGCUGACUGAAUGCGGUUUCACUUAUACCGGGGCGGGCGACUUAGUACAAUGUUUCUACUGCGGUUUGUUAUUGAGAAUAUGGGUGGAAAAUGACGAAGUGUGGCAACAACACGCCUUGUAUAACCCUAAAUGUGUAUUUGUAUUAUUAUAUAAAGGUGCAGAAUUUAUUGAUAAUGUUAAUAAUGAAUUUAAUGACAAAAGUAAUACCCGUGAUAAUAGUCAAGACGUAGAUUAUCCUGUUAACACGUUGACCGCCACGGGGUUUUUCACCAUGUUACUUAUUUUUGUUAUGAGAUCUAAUUAG